AUGACUGCUAAAUAUCUGCAUUGGGUAUUCUAUCUUUUUGGGCACCCCCUUCGUUCUUUUUUUUUUUCUUUUUGUAUCUGGAAAACAAAUAGAAAUGUUGAAGCAAGCAUGCAAGUCGUUCUUGUCAAAGAAAAGCUUUCAGCAAGGAGAAAUCAACACGUUGUGUAGUCGUCUUGGCCUCUUAAAGUUUUAUACAACUACAACAAAACCCCAUGUGUCAGAAAGAGACAAAGAUCUCAAUGAUGUCUACAAGCACUUGAGUCCUGCCGAAUUACUUCGUCAAGAAGCUCAAAAGGUGGAAGUGGAAUGUUUCUUGCGUCCACGUUGUCUUUGGUUGGAAGAAGAAGACGCCAAAAUUAUAAAAAUGGUCAAUGAUCUUGGUAAACGUUGGACUUUCAUUUCCAAGCAUUUCGUUGAUAGACCACCCAGCACUUUAAUGAACCGUUAUAGUCUCUUGACAGACGGUAAAGGAAGAGGUCCCUGGACAGACGAAGAAGUCAAGCAGUUAAAAGCAUUGGGAAACCAUAGAAGUCCAGACGAAAUCGACAAUUGGCAAGAGAUUCAGGCUAAGUUACCCGUAUAUCGUCCCUUGUUUCUCAUUAAACAGAAAUACACCUACUCUUUAAACCCUGUCAUCAAAUUCGGCCAUUGGUCUCAAGAGGAAUCAGACAAACUGGAGCGAUUAAUAACCAAAUACGGUGAGAAUGAAAUAAGCAUGGUUGCCCAGUUAAUGGGCACCAGAACAAAAAGACAAUGUCUGGAGCGUUGGCGUUGGCAAAUGGCUUCCGUCAAAAAGGGCCGUUUUUCUCCAGAGGAAGAUCGCAAAAUUAUCCAAGCUGUUCAAAAAUACGGUGAAAAUUUCGCGGUUGUAGCUAAAGUCAUCGACAGUGACCGUACAGCGCGUCAUAUCUCUCAACAUUAUCGUAAUAUCCUGGCACCUGAUAUUGAUAGAUCCCCUUGGACACCAGAAGAACAAUUACGAUUAUAUCAAGUCUGUUUAAAAAAUAACAAAAACAUGAUUACCACAAAGAAGGAAUUGGGUUCAAGAAGAGCCAUAAGAGAUCUCUGGAAUCAUUUUAACGCCCAAAAGAAAUACGAGGAAGCUUUACCUUUAACCAACACAGAUCAUUCUGAACGAGCACAAGAAUUACAAAAGGAGGAUGAAAAAAUAACA